UCCCGCGCCUGCCUUUCCUCUCCCUCCCCUUCCCGCGCCGGCGGCCAGCGCAUUUCGGGCAGCGCUCCGGGCAGCGCCGAUGCUGAGCAUGGAGGGCUUCCUGGGCACCAGAGCCCUGGGCGAGGAGUCCCUCCAGAUGUGGGACCUCAACAAGCGCCUCGAGGCUUACCUGGCCCGCGUGAAGUUCCUGGAAGAGGAGAACGAGGUGCUGAGAGCCGAGAUCCAGAGCGCCAAGGGCAGCCCAGGCGAGGACUCGUGGAGGACCAAGUACGAGGAGGAGCUACGAGCCCUGCGGGCCACGCUGGAUGAUGCCUUCAGGGAGAAGUGCUCAGUGGAGAUGGCCCGGGACAACCUCUACGAGGAGAUCCAGUACGUGAAAAGCAGGUGCCAGAAGGAGCAAGCAGCUCGGGAGGAAGCCAAGAAGCAGCUGUCCAUGAGCAAGAAGGAGCUGGAAGAGGAGAGGAGAGCUCAAAUCUGGCUGAAGGAGAGAGCCCUGCAGCUGGAGAAGGAGGUGGAAGCCUUGCUGGAGGUGCACGAGGAGGAGAAAGCAGGCCUGGACCAUGAGAUCGCCAGCUUCUCACAGAGCUUGGAGAGCUUCCGCUGCGUGCCAGUGGCUUUCCAGCCUGUGGAGGUAGAGGACUACUCCAAGAGACUCUCAGAGAUCUGGAAGGGAGCUGUGGAGACCUACAAGACGGAGGUGUCCCAGCUGGAGAGCUCCCUCUGCCAAGCCAAGGAGAACCUCUGGAAAGCGGUGGAAGACAACCAGCAGAGCCAGCUGCAGCUGCAGCACCUGGAGAAGGACCUGGCGGGGCUCAAAGCGCGGAAGGACAUGCUGGAGGAAAGCCUGUCGCGGCAGUGGCAGGAGCAGCGAGGGGAGGCCGAGAAGUUCCAGCUGGCGCUCGAGGCCCUGGAGCAGGAGAAGCAGGCCCUGCGGGUGCAGAUCGCCCAGGUGCUGGAGGACCGGCAGCAGCUCAUGCACCUGAAGAUGUCCCUGAGCCUGGAAGUGGCGACCUACAGGACGCUGCUGGAGGCAGAAAGCACCCGGCUGCAGAUGCCCGCCGGGGAGUACAAGCUGGCCAACGGCUUGCGAGACGUCAAGCUGGAAAUGAGCAGCAGCAAGCUCCAGCCUUCGACGCCCGAGAGCAGGCGCCUGCUCUCCUGGGACCACCGGAUGAGCCCCUCCAUCUUCCCCAAGGCUGAGGCGAAGAUGCAGCUAGCGAAAACCCAAAGCGACUCCCUCAAGGCCCUGACCCCCAAAAGCAAGAGCCCAGUCACCAGGGAAUUCCAGAAAAUCAACUCAGUUCUCCAGUCCCCAGUGCUGAAGGCUGCUGGCGCCGCCAGGGACCAUGGCGCUGCCGGUCGCUCCGUGCCGAGCCCGGUGCCGCCCAACACAGAGCUCCCAGCUGCCAGCAUGGAGGCAGCAGCUGGUCCCAGCUCCCAGGAGCAACCCAAGUCCCUGAGCCCUACAGUCCCACUGGGGCCAGAGCCAAGCAAGGAGAACAAACAACCUCACGAAGAAACCACAGAUGAGACCCAAGACCUCAGUGAGGAGCCACCUGGGAAGUCACCCACCCCACAGUUGCUGUACCCUGACCAGCUGGUCACUGAAGCAUUGCAAGAUGCUCUCAAGGAAGUGAGAGAUGAUACUCAGCCCAAAGAGGAGCCCAUUCUCAGGGCUGAAAGAGCUACAGAGGGAUACAGUGUAGGGAAUGUGCCUGAGCUCCCCGGCUGGACAGCAGCUGAUCAUCCCACGGAGGAGGUUAACACUGCUGAGGCUGCCAGUUUUGAAACCCUCUUGGAAGAGAGGGCUGGAGAAGACAUGCACGAGCAACCAGACAUGGAGAGCACUGCUCAGUGGGAUGGAGCAACGUCCCAUCAGGAGCUAGGACCAUCCAGCAAGCAGGAGGAAGAAAGCACACCUGAUUUUCUUGUUGCUGCACAGAGUGAAAUAGAAACUCAAGAGGAAAUGAGAUCUUUGGAGGAGGAAGGAAGCAAAGAAGAAGAGAUGCCAACAUUGCUGAGCCCAGGGGAAAGCAGGGAACCAGAAUUUGUGCACAACACUGCAGAGAGCCUGCUGGGAAAAGACACACUUGCUUCAUCCCAGACUGAUGAUGAGCACUGGGAAGGCAGCUCAGGUCAUCCCAGCCAGGCGGCUGCCAUGGGGGGAGGCCUGGAGGAGCCAGAGCAAGGAGAAGAUGACGUGGAGGCUGUGAGCACAGAGGCGUUGCACCUCUCGGAGGAUGAGGAGAGACGGGAACCCUGGAGCCCUUCUAGGGAAGAAGAAGGGUGCGAUUUCCCGGGAGAAAUGAAGGAAGUGCAAGAAGAGGAGUCCCUACAGAGGGAAAUCCAAGCCACUUAUGCUUGCUCCAUGGAAAGUCACCCAGUUUUGCCUGGGGAAAGCCACCUAGAAGAGGAUCUUGUUGAGAGAAAGCAGGAAAGUUUGGGGCAGCAGGAAAUGCCUCUGUGUGAGACAGAUCCUGCUACAGAUGAAGAAAGGAGGGAAGAGAUAUGCCCAGAACAUGAGCCCUCAAACAUCGAAGAGAGCAUCUCAGCAGAAGAAGCUUCAUCAAAGGAUGAAGACGACACAAUGGGAGAGGAGAUUGCAGAUAGAGCAAGAGAUAGCAAGGGAGAAAUGGGAGAGCCAAGAGAGGAGGCUUUAGAAGGAGAGGACCUCAGGACUGAAGGGAAGCCACUGGGACAUGAUGACCUGAGGCAGGAGGAAGUUAUCUUGGAUGCGCCAGGGGAUCUGCAGGAAAAUGGCUUUGAAGAUGACAUUCUGGAGGAGGAGGACCUGGAGACUCUGCCAAGGGAGGAAGUCCUGGGCAGUGGAGACGAUGACAACUACCAAAAGCACUGUCCAGAGGACUGGGAAAUGAAGGGGGAAGAGGACAUAGAAGAGUCUCCAGGGACAGAAGAUGCCAACAUCACAUCCCAAGAGCCAGCCUGGGCAGGUGACAUCCUCACAAGCACAGCGGUACCAGAAACUGAGGAAAUAGAGGGCAUUUCACCUGCAGAAAUAGAAGAAAUGGGAAAAGAUGAUGAAGACACCGCUGGAAGCAACUUGAUGAGCCAUCAGGAGCAAAUGCUACAUGAAAUGGAGCAGGAGGCUGAGCCUGCCCUGGGGCUGGUGAGAGAAGUGCAGGAGGGCCACGAGGACCAGUCCGCCCAGGUGCCCAGGGACGAGGAGCUGGUCACGGCUCCAGAGGCAUCAUGGGAGGUAGAGACGAGGGCUGAAGAUGAGCUCGCUUCAGAGCCCGAUGAGUUGGAGAAGGCCAGCACAAUCUCAGCGGCAUUUCAGCAGGCUCCAGGCGACUAUGCAGAAAGCGAUGAGUCCCAGGAGGAGGUUGCUCAGAGAGCGGAAGAGCUGGGGCAGGAGCCGGGCACAGCCAAGACCAUUCAGCUGGAGGACACCCUGCCGGACAGCACGCCUCUGCACCUCUACGAAGGGGAGAUGCUGGCUGCGAUGGCAGCCAGCCCAAACCCUCUGGCUACUGAAGAUGCUACAGAGCCAGCUUUGGGAUCUGAAAUUGCUCUGGAGGAAGAAGGAGAGCUGGAGGGGAGCCACACGCCAACAACUCCCUUAGAAGAGAGCCACGAAGAGGAGGAGGCAGGGAUGGAGCCAGCCCCUGCAGCAGAGCAUGCUGAGGAAGAGGAAGGUUAUUUCAUGGUUUCUGCUCCCAACCAAGAGGCACCCAGCUCAGAGGAAGCCGAGAUUUCAGAGGACUUCGAAGAAAUUAAAGUCGAAGCAGCUGAUGCCAGCAAAGAUGAUCUAAAAGCUCCCAGAGAAACAUCUCCAGCACCAGGAGAUGAAGAGCACUUUGAAGCAUUUGUUGGUGAAGCAGAUGAAGGCAUACAAAUGCCGACAGAAGAAUGUGAGAUGCCAAAAGCUGAGGAUUUUACUGCCGAGGAAGAUGAAGCCGUGCCCACGGCAGAGCCGAGCUCGCCCCCGGGCGAGGGGCGCUUUGCAGGAAUCGCCGACGAGCCAGAGCGGGGCACAGAAAGCCCUGACACAGACUCCAGAGCAAGUGAGGGACAAGGGCCAUCGGAGGGAUUCGCUGCCGAGCCGGACGAGGAGGUCGGCAGCGCGAUCGAACCGGAGCACGACAAGAGCGGAGGUGCAGAGUUUCCAAGCCACGAUUGCCCCGGGCAGCUGGGGGAGGAGGAGACUCUCCCGGGGCAGGAGGACGAGUCCGGUGCAGCUGAGCUCACCCCUCCUGGAGGGCUCCAAGUGCAGAUGGAUCCAGUUUCUCCACCACCUGGGGAGGCCACCCCAGAGGAGAGCGCAUUGGUCAUGCAGCCAUCUCUGGCUCCAGAAGAUGAAACACUGGACGGCGACAGCCUUUCCCUGCCCGAGGCGGUGCAGACCUCAGAUGAUGACCCACCUCCUCCAGGCUCCUUGCAGGAGGCUAGUGACCAAGGGGGCAGCGACCCUGGACAUGAUGGUUUUGCAGGGACAACUCAAGACAACACGGAUGGGCUUGAUCUCCCUGCGAAAAUGCCAGUGGACGUCAUGAAAGACUCGGAUAUUUUGGAAAUAGUAGAGCAAGCCCUGGAGUUCAACCAGGAGCUGAUGCUGGGAGCAAGGCUGGCUGAGGCUGAGCAGCAGGCUCCUGGUGCAACUGAGCCGACACGUCCACCACAUGAGCUGGGGGAAGACGAUGGAGACUCCUCACCUGUGUCCUCCAGCGAGGAGGAGCCCACGGUCCAUGAGACAACGGCAGCCACCGCAUCGAGCACCAAGGAGCCGGCAACAUCUGGGGUCAUCCGGGCUGAGCACCAGGAGCUGAACGGGCUGCACAGCGAGGCCAGCCUGGAGGACCUGGUCGAAUUCCCCGAGGAGCUGCCGAACGGCAUCGCCGGGGCGCAGCCGGCCACGCGCCAGGACGGGCGCGUGGAGCAGGAGCAAUUCGGAAAGGUGCCAAUCGCGCAGGAGCUCCCGGGUGAGGAAGCGGAGCCAGCAGCCACCUCUGCAGUGGUACCACCACCUGCGGAAGAGCUGGGAUACGGAGAAGCCCCCGCCGGCAUAAAUCCCACGCAAGGCGUGCCGCUGCUCGGGAAGCACGUCGGGGCCGAGAGCGCGUCCGCGGCGUCCGCCCUGGGGGACGAGCUGCUCCGCCUCGCUCCCAGCCAGCCGCCGCGGUGCCAGCUCAAGGACGAGCAGGAAUCGUGGUCCUCGGAGGACGAGUGACGGCGCUGGGGGGACCCGAGCCCGGAGCGACGGAGGGGCGUUUCAGCGCCCUGCACGCUCGCCCGUAGCCUGUCCCCUCUCGACAGUCGGACGCCUCACCUCGCCUAUUCGCCCACGUAAUGCUUCUCCGUUUCUUAAUGAUUUCUUAACACGUUUGUGUGGAUUUGUCUUUUUAAACACAGGCGGGUGGAAGCCCGGUAGAAGGUAGCGAAGCGGAGCAAGGAGCCGGAUGCAGCCAAGGAGGGAUGCGCCAGCCCGGCCCUGCUUCGGCGAGGCGUCCGAGCUGAUCCUCGCCCCUGGGCAAGAGGGUUUCACACCGGUUUUAAGAGGAAACACGAAUCAGGCUGUUUUUCCCCUACACCGCAUGGUUGUUCUGGCCUCUCGACCCCACUGCUCGUUGCAAUAUUUAAUUUAAGCCCUCUGUCUCCACUUUCCCUGCAUUUUCCCCUUUUUCAUUCACCCUAAAGCACUUGACGAGCACCCAGCAGUUUGCGCAAAUCUGCCGCCCGGGGAGGCCCGCGACGUCCCCGAGCCCCUCGCCGACGGCACGGCCGUGCCACGUCCCCCGGCAGCGAGGACGUCCGCGGCCGCCGGUGCCCCGCUCCCGGCUCCGGGGACGCUGGCGGCCACGUCGGAGCCCGGCCCCGACCCGCCGCUUCCACCGCCGCCCCCGGCGCGCAGCCGCUCAGCCGCGCGGGAUGCGUUCGCUACCUUGCCACUAAUUUAAUAAAGCAUCGUCCUCCCACUCGAA